AUGGUAGAGGGGAAAGAUGAUAUGGAAGCUGCUAAAACGAAAGGCAGGCAGCAGGCAAAACUAUGUAAUCCUUUCAGAAAGCCCGUUGUUACUGAAGCUUCAAAGAAGCACACCGAGCAUAAUUAUUCUACAAUGGACUUCCGAAUAGCCCCGAGAAAGUUGAACAUGCUGGCUCGUCAAAUAAAUGGAAAGAAUGUUAAUUAUGCAAUAAGCCAGAUGCAGUUCUCUCCUAAGAAAGCAUCAAAGAAGAUUAUGAAUUCCUUGUGUACUGCGAGAGAUCACGCAUGGAGAUACAAAAUGAUGGAUCCGAAAAAACUUUAUAUUGGCAAAGCCUGGGUUGGCAAAGGCCUAUACCGGCGGAAGAGGGCGUAUGGUGCGCGUGGACGUUUGUUUACACUUAAAUUGAAAAAGGCUCAUAUGAAGUUUGUCAUUAAAGAAGCGAAACACGAAGGAGAGGGUCGACCGGAGAAGAAGAAAAUAAAAGGGAUGAAUUGGGAAAAGAAGAAAAAAGUUUGGAUGCCAUUAUCGGAGGACAAACCCAUUUAUAACCCUUCCAGGUUUUACAACUGGUAA